AUGAAAAUAUUGAAAUUGAUCAAAAUACUUGUACAGAGCAUUUUGAGGGCAGUCCAGCUGGAGCUUCCAAAAGCUGAACAUAGGCAUUGUGCUAGGCACAUCUACGCAAAUUGGAACAAGUCAUUCAAAGGAGAAGAGUUGAAAUUACUGUUUUGGACAUUUGUCAAAGCAUACAACUUAGCUAAUUUUGAGGAAGCAAUUACUGAGAUGGAGGAUGUUAAUCCGGUUGCUGUUGAUGCCUUGAGGAAAUGUGGUCCUCACUUGUUUUUUAGAUCUUUUGUCAAACUAGAUGGAGAGUGUGAUGUUAUUUUGAGCAAUAUGGUAGAAACUUUUAACAAUUACAUUAUGAAUGCUAGAUCCCAUCAUUUAAUAGAUAUGCUUGAAGAUAUUAGAACAAUGCUAAUAAAGAGGUUGGCUAAUAAAAAGGAAGAGGGAUUGAAGAAGUGGAAGGAGGUUGAUAUUGAAAAUAGAACUUGUACUUGCAAGAAAUGGGAUUUAAGAGGGAUUUCAUGUUGUCAUGCAGUUGCAUCUAUUUUUUACUUGCACAAGGAGCUUGAGUCAUACGUUGAUCAGUGCUACACUAGAGAGGCUUAUUUGAGAACCUAUGAAGGAAACAUCAAUCCUUGUAUUGGCGAGAGGCAUUGGCCUAAAAUUGACAAACUGAUCGAUCCUCCUCCAAUUAAGAUUGGUCCUGGUAGACCACGAAAAAAUAGAAUCAAGGAUCCGCAUGAAGAUCCUAAAUAA